AUGAGGUUGGAAGGGAGAACAUUCCGUCUACUCUGGGAAAAAGAAAAGUUCACGCUAUUUCACGCGGAGACUAUCUGCGAGUGGGGAACAUUCUUCAGGAAUGUUGAUGGGAACUGCUACAACGAGGGAGCUUCAACUCCUUCUCAUGCUUACAGAGGGUUUUACAAAACCAUGGUUUCCUUUUCUGUUCGACUUUCUUGUUUGGAAGGAGAAAUGGAAGAAAAAGAAUGGAGAAAAGCAGCAAUUUGUACAUCUUUUAAGGCCUCAUGA